AUGCUGAAGCAACAGUCUGUGGACACGUAUUUCAGCUCAAGAUACAAUCCUAAUUGGAAGAACGCAAAGGAUGUAGCAGAGUUUUCAGACCUAUGUCGUGUUGCUGAAGGAAGCAGUAUGGACUUCUCACAAGAUUCAUUUUACCUCCAUUCCAAUGGGUCUCCAGAAGAAAAGAAUCAACAGGAGGCAAAAUCACAAGAUUCAUUGUCAGAAUUUGGUACAAAAUCACUAAGCUUUCAUGAGUCAAAUGCUGUGGUCAGCAAUGAACCCUUUAGGCUACAUGCCAAAGAGAAAGAACCUGCAGACAACUGUCAUUUCAAAGAUAGUCCCAGGACAUAUGGCAAUGCUUUUCCUCUUCAGAUUCAAGACAGUCGACCACAAAGAGCAAAAAAAGACUUUGUGGCAAACAAUAAGCGGACUUUAGGAUUACGUUCAGAGAAGAAUUCGUAUCUUCAGUUACACACUAAAAAGCAAGAAGUUCUUCAAAAGCAGGCUUUCGAUCAUAAAGCUGUUGAAGAGGAACCAGUUCGGAGAGUUCUACCAUUCCAGACUGUGAAAAUCGAGCCUGAAGACAAAUGGCACCUGAAAGUACAGCAGCUCAAGAUUCACCCACAGAAGUCCUCCCAGAGAAAUAACAUAAAAUCCAACCAGAGACUCAAAGGGAGAACUAUGCCAAGGAAUGACAGCCAGCAACCACCAGGAAGACCAGCAGAACUGAGGCCCUGGCACCACCAAGUAUCAGGAUCUCAGACUGCUCCCAUGCAGGCAGUGGAGCAAGAUGACAGCAGCACACUGCAGGAGUGCCUGUAUCCAAGUUCUUCUGUUGGCCCUGACAUUAAUACAGCAGCAAAUUCAGAUACUUGCUUAAAUAAUUUCCCACAUUCAAGACAUCUUGUCAAUCAGGAUUUUACCACCUCUACUUAUCCUUUUCAUCCAAAAUUACAUACAUUUAAUCCAGCAGAGGUUAUAUCUCCAGCCUAUACCAGCAAGGAGAACUGGAAACAUCAGCAUAAUACUCCAAAUGGACUUCCACAUGGCCAGCAACAUCUAUACAACCAUGCCACUGUGCAGCUUUUUGCAAGAGAUAACAGUACCAGUGGUCAAACACAUCCAAACCAGAGGACUAUUUCAUCUACUUUUAAUGCUAAUUUUCAAGAAUUGGUGAAGGAUCAAGAUUCACUUCAGGAUUGCAAUUGUGUGGAGAAAAGGCCACCUCAAUCUUCCAUUCUCAGUUCACCAACAGCCCCUUGUACAACCUCCCAGUUUGCACCAACGAUAGAGCGACAUCACCAAGAACACACUCAUUUGACAGAAGCUCACUUAGCUGACAGGCACUUCUUCAACCUACUUCCACCCAUAAACCCACAGGUAGAAAGUGUUUCAGAGGUAGAUCCAGAGAGUGGUGAAGGAAAUCAAGUGAAAAAAACCCAGAGCAACUCAGAAGGGUAUCUCAUGCAAAUGGAAAAGCAAAACCAGCCCAAAGUCAGCAAGAAGCCAUGUAGCUCAAAAGCCUACAUAAAUCUGAAUGUGAAGCUUGGAGGCCUUGGACCUGACUAUGAGGCAAUCAAAGAAAAAAAAGAGAAGUUGAAGCAACAAAGGGAAUAUGCAAAGCAAAUUAAGGAACGCAAUAUGAAAAACAUUGCUUCAGUUCAGAGGUUACCUCCAAAACCCCAGGUCGUAUCUUCAGUGUCAAGACAGAAGGCACUGGAAUAUGCUAAGAAGAUUCCUAGACCAAAGACCUUCACAGCAAAACAAUCAGAGGAAAAGGUGAAAGAAGAAAGAGUUCUGCCACAGACUUUAAAUGGAGACAUUCUGCCUCAAAUUGCAUCCUUGGAAACUUUGCAAAACAGACACCAGAAGGAGAAGCAAGUUGUAGCUGCUUUCAAAAACCUUCAUGUCUUACAAGCCUUUUGA